GAAAGCGCACAUUCCUAUUGUCCAAGAUGGCGGCGUUGGUGCAGCUCCUCUGAUGCUGACAUGUUUUUAAACCAUUUCAUCCCAUUUUAUCGGUAAAUGUGCCAACAUUCAGCGGCCGCUGUGGAAGCGUUUCGUCGCCGAAGACGUGGACAGUCUCCGUGUUUGUGCUAACGCUCCAGGAAAUCGUUCCCCGCCGGAUUGCCUCUGCAGGCACCGAAAAGUUUGAGCUCCAUCAUCCUUUGAAAAUGAAGAGGCAGGCCGGGAGAGAGACUAGUCCGUCCAGGGCCAUCGCUAAGCGGAUACGGGAAAGGGAGCGAGAGAGUGCGCGCAGAGAGGAGCUGCCACCACCGCCGCUGGCUUUGCUGCUGGCGGAAAGUCGGAGUUACCACCGACGGAGCCGAAGCAGGGAGCGAGAGAAACCCCGGCUGAGGGAGGAGCGGGCGGCCGCUCUGGAGCUCCACCACCGACAUGAGCUCAGCCUUCUCGGUCGCCCACCGCUCCGGACCACGGCUGCUGAGCUCCCCGCCGCCAGGCCGGGCACGCUGGAAUACAAAACGCUGCUCAUCAGCAACCUGGGCUCGCAGGUCUCGGACGAGGAGGUGGAAGACGCGCUGUUUCAUGAAUUCAAAAAGUUCGGGGACGUCAGCGUCAAGCUGUCGCACACACCGGAGCUUGGCCGGAUCGCCUACGUUAAUUUUCGGCACCCGGAUGACGCCAAGGAGGCCAGGCACGCCAAGUCCUCCAGGUUAGUUUUGGGCGACCGACAACUUAAAAUAGAGCCCAUGUACGUGAGGAGGCGGAGUGUCACGCCGCCGGACGUUGGUUAUUUACCGCUGCACGCGCCGUACCCGUACAGGCAGCGCUCCCUCUCCCCACCCGGGCCCGGUGUGAGCAGCAUCAGGGACCUGAGAGCUAGACAUUACGCCCUGGAGACCCUGGGUCUGACCAGAGACAGGGAGAGGCUGCUGGACUAUUAUGGCAUGUUAGAUGAGAGGGGGCGGCCUUUCGGGUUCCCUCCAAUGCCCGUGGUGGAGGAUUUAAAACCGGAGGACGACCAGAGGGCGACCAGUAACCUUUUUAUUGGAAACCUGGACGGUAACGUCACUGAGGCAGAACUAAGGAGGGGGUUUGACAAAUAUGGCAUAAUUGAGGAUGUGGUGAUUAAACGCCCUGCUCGAGGACAGGGCGGGGCUUAUGCUUUUGUAAAGUUUCAAAACCUGGACAUGGCCCACCGGGCUAAAGUGGCCAUGCAGGGCCGGCUGAUUGGUGGCAACCCCAUAAAGAUUGGUUAUGGCAAAGCAAACCCCACCACCCGGCUCUGGGUGGGCGGUCUGGGGCCUGGAAACUCCCUGGCCGCCCUGGCCCGGGAGUUUGACCGUUUUGGAAGCAUCAGGAAUAUUGACUAUGUGAAGGGGGACAGCUUUGCUUACAUUCAGUAUGAAAGUCUGGAUGCAGCUCAGGCUGCCUGCACCCAGAUGAGGGGGUUUCCUUUAGGGGGUCCGGAGCGACGCCUGAGGGUGGACUUUGCAAAAGUUGAGGAGAGCCCCUCUCGUCCCUUCCCUCCUGGUUAUCAACCUUCCAUCGCACUUCCCUCCCACUACGAUCUUCUCGGGGAGGCUUACGGCCGCCACCGCAGCCUGGAGCGCGAGCUGAGAGUGGCCAGGGAGCGCUCCCCACCUUCCUCCCACAGCCUCCUCACCCUCAGAGAGAGGGAAAGGGCCCUGCUGGAGAGAGACUUUCCCAGCAGCCCCACACGGAGCCUGGAGAGGAGGGCGGGAGGAGUGGAGGCCUUUGGGAGGACCGUGAGAGGAGUGAGGAGUCGCAGCAGGAGCAGGGAACGUUGGCUGAAAGAGCGGGAGGAGAGGAGGAACAGGAGGAAGAGUAAGAGCAGGAGUCUGUCCACGGAGAGGCCAACAGAGGAGAGGGAGAAGGAGAGGGGGAGGUCCAGGGUUAGGGGCCUGGGUGGGGCUGUCUCUCCUGAUGCGAGCCCAGACCGAGCACAGGUUAGAGCCCCCGACUCCACCACCGAACCAAGAGACCACUCCCCUGACAGCGGCCUAGGAGGGCGGCAUUCCACCACCAAUGAAGAAGAGCCGCCAUCAGGCCGCCAUCACAGCAAGCGGUCAUCCAGCGUUCACCUCAACAACCAUCACAGAAACAGCGAGGCGGUCGGCGCCGGUUCUCCUGCUGCCCAUACGGACUCGCACACCUCCUCCUCUCCCAGCACCCUGUCAGAGUUCGCCCAGAACACACUCUCUAAGACGUGGCGCGGCUUCUUCGCCCUGAAGAACAGCAGCUUCCCCACCGACCUCUUCCUCCUGGAGGGCGGGGCUUCCUUCUUCAGCUUGGUGAUGAAGGACAGCCUGAAGCUGCAGAGCCAGAACCAACCCAGCCAGCUGAAGAUUGCCCAGCGCCUCCGCAUGGACCAGACCCGGCUGGACGAGGUGUCGCGACGCAUCAGACUGGGUCGGCCGGACGGCUUCGCCAUCCUGCUGGCUCUCCAGGGCCCCGUGGAUCGCCAGGCCCCUUCCCCUGAGCCGGGGCUGCAGGUGCGCCUGCUCCGCCACCUGGUGACAUACCUGCGGAACAAAGAGGCAGCCGGAGUGGUGAGCCUGCCUGCCGCCAAGGAGAGGGGGCCGGGGGCGAUGCUGUACGCCUUCCCACCCGGAGAGUUCUCGGCACAGUUCCUGCAGGCUGCCAAGAGGACUGUGGGUAAUCUGGACGAGGAGCACAUGGUCAUUGUGAUCGUGAACGACACUAACUGAGCUCAGACUGACUACAGAUACUCCCAUGUUGCUUUUAGAUCAAUUUGACUGUUUGUUGUUGAUGAAACUGAGAGUUACACUACAUGUCUUCACUCCCUCUGUGUCCCGGAACAAUUCAGGUUUGUGGGGGACAAACUUUUUAAAGGAAAAACACUUUGAAGAGAGACAAAAAAGAAAAAUCUGCUCCUGUUUUUCUACAAUAAGCUGUAACAUAAGACACUAAAAUCCAACAGGAUUGUUUUUAUGCUCGUUACUUUAUUUGCUCUUCUUCUUCUGUUGAAAGUUCUCCUGUAAAUCCAGAACGGGCGGCUCCGCGAGGUUUUGUCCGUCCCCCGCCUCCCUGUCCUCUGGUGUUUUUAUCAGAUCAACCAUUCCAGUCUUUUUUUUUUUUUUUUAAGUGUGUUUGCUCUGUUGUUGCAUGCAGGAGGAAAAAAAAGAAAAAUGUAAUAUUUUGUUGCUAUGAAAAUGUAAACAUGUUUUUCACUUGUUAAAUGAUGUUUGAGUCAUGCUGGUGAUACUGGUUCAGAUUUUAUAUGGUUAAACAUUUAUACCUUUGUUUUAAUACAUAGUCCAUCCAUCCGUUUUCCAUCUGUGCUGGUUUUCAUUUCACAUCAGAUCACUUCACACCUGUUUCUGUUCAUGUCAACCAAACUUUCAGGAAGUGUAGUGGAAUAAAGUCAGAUUAAAGCCAAACUGUGUCUGGACAGAGGUUUGCAACCCAGUGGGACCAGGACCAGAUGCCUGAGAACUGUUUGACUCCAAACCAGCAGGGGAAAGUGAAACUGAGGAUAUUAAAAUAAUUUUAACUCCUCCUCUCCAGAAAUGAGGAAUUUUUUUAAAAUGUGUUUUACAAAAAAAAAAAAAAGUGCAAGAGGAUUUAAAUACAAAAAUGUCAUUAAAU